UUACAUUGUUUCGAGAAGGAACUGUUUUCCCUCGUUUGUCCGUCUUGCGCUUCCUGGAGACGCUUUUCGGCGGGUUUUGUUGAACAGUAACGUUAAGUUCUUUUUAACAUCUACACAGUAAUCCGGUUGUUAUUUUCAGUAUAAAAGCUGUACCUAAACGUUGCAAGCGUAAUUGUGACGAUUGAACUCAUUUGUUAAUAUCCUGAAUUCUAAGCUUUAUGUUUGUUUUUAGUAUCUCAUAAUGUUCACAGUUUAAAUGACACGAUACAACUUUUGCUGGAGGAAAAUAUCCACAGGCUGUUACUUUGAAGAAUAUUUUUCACCGGCUGAGGUUGCUUUUCCUCUCUGACGCCCCCUUAAACUUAACUUGUCAAAAUGGCGUUGCUCGUACUGGUUGAUUGGAAGUAACUGUUUCUCUCUCUUAAAAAUACUGUGAUGUUUAUUUCGAUAUGCUUGUUUAGAUAUUACACCGCGCGGAACUCUAAUCACGGAUAGUAUGGCGACUCUGGAUCAGAAAUCACCCAAUGUGCUUCUCCAGAGCCUCUGCUGCAGAAUCACGGGGAAAAGCGAAGCCGAAGUUGCCCACCAGUUCCAGUUUGCAGUGCGAGUCAUUGGCAGUAACUUCGCCCCCACUAUUGAACGGGAUGAAUUCCUGGUCACGGAGAAGAUCAAGAAAGAAUUGCUGAAGCAGCGGCGAGAGGCAGAUGCUGCUCUUUUCUCAGAACUGCAUAGAAAACUUCAGACACAGGGUGUUCUGAAACAUCGCUGGUCUAUUCUUUACUUGUUGCUCAUUCUCUCUGAAGAUCCCCGCAAGCCUUCCAGCAGGGUCGGAAACUAUGGAGCGCUGUUUGCCCAGGCACUCCCCAGAGAUGCCCACUCCACGCCGUUCUACUGCACUCGGCCCCAGAGUCUGGCCCUGAGCUACGGGGACAGGUGCGCUGGCCUGUCGACCGGUAUGGGCACCAGCGGGAUCUCCAGUCUGGGCGUCUACACACUCAACGGCCCCACUCCAACUCCACAGUCGCUGCUGGCAGGUCAACCUCCAGCUGGGGGCGCUCCACUUUUAGGCUCUCGACUAGCCUGGGCUCUUCCCACAAGCUCCCCUCCUUCGGCUGUGGGCCCCGCCACCAUCCGACCACCCCUCGUACCCAUGCUUCCUACCACGAGAGCACUCCGACCUCGUCACGACGGCGAUACGGACGGCGAGGUGACCGAGGCAGCGCUGGUGCGGGACAUCCUCUAUGUCUUCCAGGGGAUCGAUGGCAAGUUCAUCAAGAUGAGCGCCCAAGAUAAUUGUUACAAAAUAGACAGCAAGGUGGUGGUGAACAAAUCCCUGCGGGACACCAGCAGCAGAUUGGCUGAGCUCGGCUGGCUGCACAAUAAAGUCAGAAAGUACACAGACGCCAGGAGCCUGGAUCGGGCCUUUGGACUGGUUGGACAGAGCUUCUGUGCAUCGCUCCACCAGGAGCUAAAGGAGUACUAUCGGCUCCUCUCCGUCCUCCACUCUCAGUUGCAGGUAGAAGAUGACCAAGGUGUCAACAUGUGCACAGAGAGCGCGUUAACUCUCAGAAGACUCCUCGUUUGGAUUUUUGACCCCAAAGUGCGGCUCAAAAUGCUGGCCGCCCUUGUCGACUUCUGCCAAGGCCGGAAGGGUGGCGAGCUGGCCUCAGCUGUUCACGCCUAUGGGAAAACAGGAGACCCACAAAUGAGGGCGCUGGUGCAACACAUCCUCAGCCUGGUAUCACACCCCAUUCGGAACUUCUUGUAUCGCUGGAUCUAUGAUGGAGAACUUGAGGACACUUACCACGAGUUCUUUGUAGCAUCGGAUCCAAACGUGAAGGCUGACCGCCUGUGGCAUGACAAGUAUUCUCUCAGGAAGUCGAUGAUCCCUUCGUUCAUCACCAUGGACCAGGCUCGCAAGGUUCUGCUGAUUGGUAAAUCCAUCAACUUCCUGCACCAGGUGUGCCAUGACAGAACGCCACCAGGCAAAAUAACGCCAGCGUCCGAAUCUGCAGACACACCCAAAGAUGCAGCAGAACUGCUCUCAGACCUGGAGGGGGGGUUUCAAGCAAAGAUCGACGCCGCCUACUUUGACACAAGUAAAUACCUGCUGGACGUCCUCAACAGGAAUUACCUCCUGCUGGAGCAUCUGCAGGCCAUGAGGAGAUACCUGCUGCUGGGCCAGGGAGAUUUCAUCAGGCACCUCAUGGACCUGCUCAAACCGGAGCUUGUGAGACCUGCCACUACUUUGUACCAACACAACCUGACAGGAAUCCUAGAGACGGCGGUUCGAGCCACCAACGCCCAGUAUGACAACGUGGAGAUCCUCAAGCGACUGGACGUACGACUGCUUGAGGUGUCUCCUGGUGAUACUGGCUGGGAUGUAUUCAGCCUGGAUUACCACGUUGAUGGACCCAUUUCUACGGUGUUUACCAGGGAAUGUAUGGGCCACUACCUGCGAGUCUUUAAUUUCCUGUGGCGGGCCAAGAGGAUGGAGUACACCCUCACGGACAUCUGGAAGGGGCAGAUGUGUAGCGCCAAGCUGCUCCAAACUAUGCCCGAGCUGUCGGGCGUGCUGCAUCAGUGUCACAUCCUGGCGUCUGAGAUGGUCCACUUCAUCCACCAGAUGCAGUACUACAUCACCUUUGAGGUGCUGGAAUGUUCCUGGGACGAGCUGUGGAACAAAGUACAGCAGGCACAGGACCUGGACCACAUAAUUGCUGCACAUGAAGUCUUCCUGGACACCAUCAUCUCAAGAUGCUUGUUGGACAAUAACAGCAGGUCUCUCUUGAACCAGCUGAGAGCCAUCUUUGACCAAAUCAUCGAGUUCCAGAACGCUCAGGACUCUCUUUACCGCGCCGCACUGGAGGAGCUCGCCCUGCAGCUGGAGUUUGAGACGAUGAAGGAAAAGAACCAGGCGGAGGGUCAGUGGGGGGUCACUGCCAAACAGGAAGAGGAGGAGAAGGCGAGGAUUCGGGAGUUUCAGAAAACGAUACCAAAGAUGUGCUCGCAGGUCCGCAUCCUCACACACUUCUACCAGAGUAUAGUCCAGCAGUUCUUGGUGCUCCUCACCACCAGCACCGACGAGAGUCUUCGUUUCCUCAGCUUCAGACUGGACUUCAACGAACACUACAGGGCCAGAGAGCCGAGGUUGCGUGCGUCGCUAGGAGCCACACGGGGGCGACGGAUGUCCAAUAUCUGACCUCCGGCUUUUGGAACAUCAAGUAGGAAACGACCAAGAGGACCACCAGCACUUGACUCCAACAGGAUGUCCUGCACUCAACCCUCUGGCAACAUCCUGUUGGGAGAUCCAGGGAACUGUCAACAACAACAAAGAAUCAGCCUUACUGAUGGAAAACAUGUUGUUCCUCUGCGUGGUUGCCAAGUUGAGGCGUGUGUGUGUAUACUCCAUGCAUAUGUGUGUACAGUAUGUGUAUACUGUAUGCAUAUGUGUACAGUAUGUGUAUAUUGUAUGCAUAUGUGCAUACAGUAUGUGUACAGUAUGCAUAUGUGUGUACAUGAUGUGUAUACAGUAUGUGUAUACUGUAUGCAUGUGUACAGUAUGUGUAUACAUGUAUAUUGUAUGCAAAUGUGCAUACAGUAUGUGCGUACAGUAUGCAUAUACUGUAUGCAUAUGUGUACAGUGUGUGUAUGUGUAUAUUUUAUGCAUAUGUGCAUACAGUAGGUGUGUACAGUAUGCAUAUGUGUGUACAUUAUGUGUAUACAGUAUGCAUAUACUGUAUGCAUAUGUGUGUACAGUAUGCAUACAGUAUAUGUGUAUACUGUAUGCAAAUAUGUGUACAGUAUGCAUGUGUGUACAGUAUGUGUAUACUGUAUGCAUAUGUAUACUGUAUACAUAUGUGUACAGUAUGCAUGUGUAUACUGUAUGCAUAUGUGUGUACAGUAUGUGUAUAUGAGCAAGAUGGCGACGCUUAUGAGCGCAAUUUUCUAUAUUUUGCAUUUUAUUGCCGCAAUUUGUCAGUGGUACAGUAGCAGUGUAUGGGCCAGAGGUGAACAAAAUGACGGUGGACUAUCACAAUCAUACGCACAAUCUCUUGUGUUGACGUUUAAGAGUAUUGACAAGCUGUUCAAGUGAAACCCAACUGUUUUUUGUUUUUUUUAAUAAGGGUAGUUAGCGGCAAUAUUAAGUGGAGUUGGCAAACCUUACUAAAAUACCUCAGAUUUAAAAGCAAAAAAAAAAGAAAAAAGAAAUAGAUAAUCAUCACUUGUCAUCAAGUGGAGCAAAAAUGUUUUUUUAUGGGAUUUUUUUUUUUUUUUUAAAUGGUCAUUGAAGAUUGGUGCUGCACGUGUAAAUAAGUGACGUGAGGCUGAAACUGGCUGUGCUUUCUGUCUUCUACAUUGUGCACACGCACGUCCCAUCAUGUGUAAACUCCAAGCAGCUCACGUUGCGUUCAAUAAAGUCAUGUUUUUAAAAGGU